AUGUCUGCAGCGCAAAAGGUUCAGCAGCACCCUGCUUUCGUCCAGGCACAAAACAAGGCGAAUUAUUACUUUCAACAGCUUGACAAGGAGCUCACGAAGUACCCAGUUUUGAACACAUUCGAGCAGCGAACUCAGAUCCCGAAGACCUAUUUCGUCUGCUGCACUGUUUUGCUCCUCACCCUUUUCCACUUCGUCAACCCUCUUGCCGCGCCCGUUUCUAACCUCGUUGGUUGGGCCCUUCCCUGCUACCUCUCUUUCAAGGCGCUGGAGAGCCCCGGGCACCAAGAUGACGUGCAGUGGCUCACAUAUUGGGUUGUUUUCGGGUUCUUCAACUUCCUCGAAAGCAUUGCACUCAGAAUGGUUCUUUACUACUUCCCAUGGUAUUUUGCAUUCAAGACCGUGUUCAUCCUCUGGCUGCAGCUCCCAACCUUCCGCGGUGCACAAACGACUUACGUCGUUGUGUUGAAGCCUGUGCUGUCAAACUUGUCCGGUUCGCGUGCCCUGGCGCCUACCGACACGGUGACAGCUCAGGGUCUGCGCGACCGUGUUGCUAGCGCUGAUUCGGAGUGA